AUUCGAUUCGACCGCCAUUCUCUUUUAAAGCUCUUCCUUUCCAAGUGUUUCGGUGAAAAUCAAAGUCUAAAUUAUGGCCGAAGAUCAAGGUCGAGGGCGCAGGCGUCCACUCGAAGAUGAACAACCAUCGACCUCCCAUGAGGGAAGGGAAGAGCCGCGUGCAAAAAUAUUCAAGGGGCCAUCGGAUCCCCGUAGAGAGGGUUCCCGAGGAGAUCCACGAGCUGGACCCAGUGCAACUGCUCCCCCAGAGAGGCCGGAGAGCGAACAGCCUUCGGAAGCCGGAUCAUCUGGACAAGGAAAACGCGAUGGAGCUGGAGCUGGAGCUGAAGGAAGGACCGAUCGCCGAGCUCGCUACGACAUUGUGGCCACUCGUCCGGCGGAUGUGGUGACCAAGAAGGGCUCCGACGGAGUCCCCAUCCGACUGCAGUCGAACUUCUUCCGACUCAAGACCGUGCCGGAGUGGCGCAUCGUCCACUACCAUGUGGAGUUCGAGCCACCAAUAGAGAAUAUACGGGUUCGAAUGGGCAUAUUGUCGGAUCAGUCAAAGUUCUUGGGGGCAGGAUAUCUGUUCGAUGGAAUGCAGCUGUUCUCCGUCCGGAAAUAUCCACAGGACUUGACGGUCUUACGCGUGAAGUCAAAGCUCGGCACAGACUACACUAUAACGAUCAAGUUUGUGGGAUUCAUAUCGACGUCAGAAACAAGAUUCCUACAAGUCCUCAAUCUUAUACUGCGCCGAUCGAUGAAGGGCCUCAAGCUAGAGCUAGUUGGCCGCAAUCUGUUCGAUCCGCAUGCCAAGAUUUCGAUCCGCGAGUUCCAAAUGGAACUGUGGCCUGGAUACGAGACCUCUAUCCGUCAGCACGAAAAGGAUAUUCUUCUGUGCACCGAAAUCACUCACAAAGUGAUGCGCACGGAAACUGUUUACGAUAUUUUGAGACGCUGUUCGCAAAAUCCCUCCCGUCAUCAGGACGAUUUCCGCAUGAAUGUGUUGGACAUGAUCGUCCUUACAGACUAUAACAAUAAGACAUACCGCAUCAACGACGUUGACUUUGGCCAGACACCCAAGUCCACGUUCAGUUGCAAGGGCAAGGACAUUAGCUUUGUGGAGUACUACCUGACAAAAUAUAACAUUCGCAUAAGAGACCACAACCAGCCACUGCUCAUAUCGAAGAGCAGGGACAAGGCCCAGAAGGCAAACGCCAGUGAAGUGGUGGUUCUCAUUCCAGAACUGUGCCGAGUGACUGGUCUAACAGACAGCAUGCGUUCUGACUUUAAAUUAAUGCGCGCCAUGUCGGAACAUACUCGAAUGAAUCCCGACCGACGCAUUGAUCGACUGCGCCGUUUCAAUCAUCGCUUGCAAACCACUACCGACAGCCUCAAGGUUUUGAAGGAUUGGAACAUGGAUCUCGACCAGAAUCUCAUUGAGGUCCAAGGUCGCAUCAUUUCACCCCAAAAAAUAGUGUUUAGCGAUCAAAAGUAUGCUCAAGUUAUGCCAAUUGAACUUUAUCAUAAAACUGUAUUUGAUUCUAGGGUUUCUGCAGGAGAUACUGGUGAUUGGACGCGCUACUUCCGUGACCAACGCAUGCUUACCACUCCAAGUGAUGGCAUCGAUCGCUGGGCAGUCAUCGCUCCGGAACGGAACUCUUAUGACCUAAAGAACUUGAUGGAGAAUAUGUUUAGGGCCGCCAGCGGCAUGGGUCUGCGGAUUAAGACCCCCCAUGAAUUGAAGAUAUAUGACGAUCGCACCGCGACAUACAUACGGGCAAUGGAUGAUUGUGCCCGAAUGGAUCCAAAGCUAAUCCUCUGCUUGGUUCCCAAUAAUAACGCAGACAGAUACUCGGCAAUUAAGAAGCGCGGCUACGUGGAUAGGGCCGUUCCCACCCAAGUGGUCACCAUUAAAACUGCCAAGAAUCGCGGCUUGAUGAGCAUCGCCACCAAGAUAGCGAUCCAGAUCAACUGCAAACUGGGAUACACCCCUUGGAUGGUGGAAGUGCCCCUCUCGGGACUAAUGACCAUAGGAUUCGAUAUUGCCAAGAGCACCCGCGACCGGAAGAAGGCUUACGGGGCAUUGGUGGCAUCCAUGGAUCUGCAGCAGAACUCCACCUACUUCAGCACCGUCUCUGAGUGCAGUGCCUUCGACUCUCUGUCCAACAAUCUUUGGCCGAUGAUAGCGAAGGCUCUGCGUCAAUAUCAACGGGAACAUCAUAAGUUGCCCACUCGCAUUAUGUUCUAUCGUGAUGGCGUCAGUCCGGGCGCCCUGAAACAGCUCUUUGAGUUUGAGGUGAAGGAGAUUGUGGAGAAACUGGAUGCGGAGUACAAGCGCGCCAACUGCGGACCACCGAUGCUGGCCUACAUUGUGGUCACAAAGUCGAUGAACACCCGCUUCUUCAACAAUGGCCGCAACCCGCCGCCCGGGACUGUCGUCGAUGAUGUUGUUACGCUGCCGGAACGUUAUGAUUUCUAUUUGGUGUCGCAGCAGGUCCGGCAGGGCUCCGUCUCCCCGACUUCCUACAACGUUCUCUACAGUAAUAUUCGUCUCAGUCCCGAUCAGAUCCAGAAGUUGACUUACAAAAUGUGCCACUUGUACUACAACUGGUCGGGCACUACCCGGGUGCCUGCCGUCUGCCAGUAUGCCAAGAAGCUGGCCACCCUGGUGGCCACCAACUUGCACGCCAUUCCGCAGAAUGCGUUGGAAAAGAAGUUCUACUACCUUUAAAUUAAUACUCUGAUAGGUUAAGCACAAAGUCUAACACUUUAAGAAGAAAAAGUUUCAUAUUACGUUACAAAGAAUGUAAUUUUCUGAUUUCCUUAAUUAUCAUUUACUCUUUCUAACUUUGUUUAUAAAAAAAAAAAAAAAAACUGAAAAGAAAUAAGA